AUGCGUGCCACUUCGAUCGUCGUCCUAUUCAACUUCCUGGCCUCUGGCGCCAUGAGCAUGCCAGCUCAAGCCGACAACGCCGGCGCGCUCGCCAUCGAGGCCCGCGCACUCGAGGGCGCCACCGAGAACAGGCUCGACACCCGCAUGUUGAGGACUGGGUCUGGUAGUGCUGCCGCCGCCAACAGCCCGCCCGGGAGCCCCAAGGGGACAAAGACUUGCUUUAUUUCCAAUAGGCCAGCGCAAGGGUACCUCGAUUACAAGGAUUUCGUGGCCCAGUCCCAAAAGUUUUGUGACCAGCUGCAAGGCAAAUCCGCGCCGAAGUCUUACUCUACAGAAGUUAGGUGCAUUGACGUUCCACGCCAUGUGAAGAACGAAGGUCAGGUGGUUGCUCAACUGAGGGGUGAGCAUGUGAUGAACUUGACAUACCGGUGCCGGGACGAAUAA